CAUCGUUCAGUAGGUCGUACGCGAGCUCUGCGGGCGAAGGCGUGAUUAUAAUUUUGCAGUUUAACAGGGCUGGUAGCAGGUCUCAUUUUAAAUAACACGCGAUCGAAACCAGCCCUGCUGUUCAGUGUACAUAGCUAAGAGAGCAAUAAUGUGUGACUACAAAACUUGCUAAUUUUGAAACUCCGCGAAAAUGGGUCUCAUGGACGAGCUUUUUCGGGCCUUUGAUCAAUCAUUGAUCCUGAGUUGCUGGAAGUAUGUGUUCCCGAUUCUGGUGGUGAUGUAUCUGUUCAUAUUCCUUUAUGAUAAGCAUCGCUACGGUAGCAAGAAAACGAAAAGCAGUGCAACUACAUCUGUGACUAAUGGGACCAAGGAGAAACUGGAUGGCAUGGAAUAUGUCGGAGAAAUCGACUCGGGCGAAUUCGAUCCCACACCGGUGCUGGAGGAAAAGGAACACGUCCCAUUCGGUGGUGCCUCCGUCACGCUAGACAGUGACCCACUCAGGGCGGCAAGAAAGUUCUACGAGAUUGUCAACGACCGUCGAAGCGUGCGCAAGUUUAGCUCCCGUCCGGUGGACCCGGCUGUAGUCGUACAAUGUAUUCACGCGGCCGGCACUAGCCCAAGUGGUGCCCAUACGGAACCGUGGACGUUCUGUCUGAUAUCGAACACCGACGUCAAGGAACAGAUCCGAGAAAUCAUCGAAGCAGAAGAACUGGUCAACUAUCAGCAGCGGAUGUCCAAACAGUGGACCACCGAUUUGCGACCGUUGAAGACCAACCACGUGAAGGAAUAUCUCACCGAAGCGCCAUACCUGAUACUGAUAUUCAAGCAAACGUACGGUUUCAAAGAGGACGGCGCGAAGAAGCAGCAUUAUUAUAACGAAAUAUCCACAUCGAUUGCGACGGGAAUUUUGCUGUGCGCACUGCAGGCUGCAGGGCUGAACUCGCUCGUUACCACCCCGUUGAACUGUGGGCCGGCGUUGCGGAAUUUGCUGGGUCGACCGGUAAACGAGAAGCUGUUGGUUUUGCUUCCGGUGGGCUAUGCAGCCGAUGAGUGUACGGUUCCGGACUUGCAGCGCAAACCAGUUGAUGACAUUUUAGUUAAAUAUUAAUGGAAUGUUGAAUUAUGUUGGCACUGUAUAGUAAAUUGCUUCCUAAACUAAAUGAUCCCUGCAGAGAAA